AUCAUGCCGUCGGAUCAAUCUAGAAUGUUUGAUCCACCGUUGACCGUUUUGAAAAUAUUCGGAGUAUGGGAAGGCAGAACGCCCUCGAAAUAUUACAAAACCUUUUCAUUUCUGUUCCUUUUUGUGUCAUGGUUUUUUUAUAACUUUCUUCUAACUUUAAACUUGGUUUAUACUCCUCGAAGUUUGGAGUUAUUUCUACGAGAAGUGAUAUUUUAUUUUACAGAAAUAACUGUUACAUCGAAAUUUUUAACAGUUCUCCUCUUGCGUGAUAAAAUACUUGAAGUAUUUAGUAUAAUUGAUGGCGAUGAGUUUGUCGGUGAUUAUGAAAACAAAGACGGUAUUCUAUACAGAACUAAUAAGGGUUACAGUUUCUGUUGGAAAGUAUACAACUUUUUGGCGCUCAUAGCUUAUACAUGUGAUAUAAUAAUGCCAGUAGUUAUUGAUCUUAUUCGAGGAACCAAAUCUGUACUGCCCAUAUGCAACUAUUACUUUUUGAGCGAAGAUUUCCGAGACUCUCAUUUCGUUAUUUUGUACCUCUAUCAAUCUAUUGGAAUGUAUGGACACAUGAUGUAUAACUUAAACAUGGAUUCUUUGGGAUGGGGAUUACUAGCUGUAGGUAUAGCUCAAAUUAAAGUACUAAAUAAAAAUUUUACGGAUUUAAAAUUAUCAGCCGAAGAAAGCAAGCUGCCGUUAGAAAUUCAAGACAACAUUCAAAAAACGAGGCUCUUGAAAUUGUUACGACACUACGAAGCAAUUUUGAACUAUUGCGAUGCGAUUCAAAAUUUGUUAUCAGCAACUUUCUUUUUUCAAUUCAGCUUCGGAGCGUUGACAACUUGUGUUAUUAUGUGUAGUUUAUUGAUGCCAGGAACGAUGGUGUACAGAAUAUUUCUAGUCAUUUAUUUACUUGCUAUGGCUGGUCAGAUUGCUGUGCCAGGAUUUUUUGGUACUCUACUAACUCAUGAAAGUGAAGAAUUAGUAACAGCGGCAUAUAACUGCGAGUGGAUAGAGAGAUCACAGUCAUUCAAAAGAACUUUGAUCCUAUUUAGAGAACGGGCGGGGACUCCGAUCAUAAUUUCGGGCAUGAAAAUGUUUCCCCUGUCUCUCGCCACUUUUGUUGCAAUCAUGAAAACUACGUACUCUUUCUUCACGCUAAUAAGAAAUGCUCAAGAAACAUAGACUCAUCGCUAUUUAAGGUUACAACGCCUGCCUAUCAUCAUCAUCAUCCUCCGAGCCUUUUUCCCAACAAUGUUGGG